CUGUGUUCCUCCCUCCUUUAUAAAUAUACAGAAGAAAAGUCAUUUUCUUUUUAAAGCUUAAUAAUUCAAGCAGAAAGCCUACUCCGUUAAUUUCAAAAUUUGUUAGAAUCAUCAUAGUUUGAAAUGGAGGGUCAGUUGACGGGUCGAUCUCGGAGUUCACAGUCUCCAUCACCUUCACAUUCUGCUUCUGCCUCAGCAACUUCUUCCAUCCACAAACGCAAGAUGGCUGCAUCUGAUGAGCACGCGCCUCCUUUCCCUUCUUCCUUCUCCGACACGCGUGACGGUGCUCUCACCUCUAACGAUGACCUAGAGAGCAUCAGUGCCCGUGGUGGCGGUGCUGAUUCGGAUUCCGAAGAUGAUUCGGAAGAGGUGGUUGGUGAUGAUGAGGAGGAAGAUAAUUAUGAUGCUAUGAGGAAUUUCACUGCGUCGAGGUUGGAGAAUACUAGUAGUGGGAGGAGGAAUAGUCAUAGUAAGAUUAAGAGUGAAGCGGUGAAGAUUGAGGAGGUAGUGAAAGAGGGUAAUGUUGCCACACCUACAGCAGCUAGUGCUACUGUUACAGGAGGGGCGGUGGUCAAGGAGGAGAGUAUGAAGAAUAUUUUUACUGACAAUUUACAGACUAGUGGUGCUUAUACUGCAAGGGAAGAGACCUUAAAGAGAGAGGAGGAAUCAGGAAGGCUCAAGUUUGUAUGUGUUUCAAACGAUGGUGUUGAUGAUCAUAUGAUUUGGUUAAUAGGAUUGAAGAAUAUAUUUGCAAGGCAACUCCCGAACAUGCCUAAGGAAUAUAUUGUUCGUCUUGUGAUGGACAGAAACCAUAAGUCGGUCAUGGUCAUCAGACGUAAUCUGGUGGUUGGUGGUAUAACAUAUCGUCCAUAUGCCAGCCAGAAGUUUGGCGAGAUAGCUUUUUGUGCAAUUACAGCAGAUGAACAGGUUAAGGGUUAUGGCACCAGACUGAUGAAUCACUUAAAGCAGCAUGCACGCGAUGUGGAUGGGCUGACUCAUUUUCUAACAUAUGCUGAUAACAAUGCCGUUGGUUACUUUGUCAAACAGGGAUUCACGAAAGAGAUUUAUUUAGAGAAGGAGCGUUGGCAAGGGUAUAUUAAAGAUUAUGAUGGUGGAAUCCUUAUGGAAUGCAAAAUGGAUCCAAAGCUUCCAUAUACAGAUUUAUCUACUAUGAUACGUCGUCAAAGGCAGGCAAUUGAUGAAAAGAUAAAGGAGCUAUCAAAUUGUCAUAUUGUCUACGAAGGAAUUGAUUUUCAGAAGAAAGAAGCUGGCAUUCCUAAAAAGGCCAUCAAGGUUGAGGAUAUCCGUGGCUUGAGGGAUGCUGGAUGGACUCCUGAUCAAUAUGGUCAUUCUCGGUUUAAAACAGUGAACUCCUUGUCAGAUCAGAAGUCCUUGACUGCAUUCAUGCGCUCACUCCUGAAAGUUUAAAUUUGCUAUAAUUAUUCCAGCAACUCUUUCAGUUACACUUGCAGCAAACAAUUCCUGAAGUUUUAAUUGCUCUCAGCAACUGUUUCAGUUACUCUUCAGCCAACAAUUCAACUAUGCUGAUGAUAUCCUGGAAUUUUGUGUUACUGAACCUCUUAUGUGGUUAAGGAUCCCUUCCUUCCCAUGUUUAGCUAUAAAAAGCAAUUUCUUUUGCCGUGCAAUUAUCAGUCACUAUUCUGAGAACAGAAUCUAGCACUGCUUUCCUUGCUCAUGAUUGUUGUGUUACAGCGGUACUAUUCAAGAGAUGUGUACUAUUCUAGUUUCUUCAGUAUUUCUUGUUUAAAUAAGCACCAUUCAGUUGCUUCACCACUUUGAGUUGAGGGAGGCAUUGAAAGUCAAUAGAUUUAUUAAGCAUAUUGUAGUAUUCUUGAUAAUUGUGUUAUUCUGGAGAAUAAUUAACAAUAACUAAACAACACUAGGUGAUUUCUUCUUAUCUGCCCGAGUUGUGGGCGAAGUCACCCGGUGUUGGUAGGAGGUAGCAGGUACAUGGAACAGUUGAGGUGCACGCAAGUUGGUCCCCGGGCACCACCGUCAUAAAAAUAAUUAACUAUAUUGUGUUGCUCAUACCUCACAUAUAAGGAGCUCUCUUGUAUGUUAACCCUUUACGAUUUAUUUUCAGCAAUAUUUAUCUCUCUUCAUCUUUUUCCUUUUCAUAGUUUUACUAAGCAAUCCCCUUCGAGCUGCCGGUCUCUUUAACAUGAAUGUUGACCUAGGCUGAACUUGGAUAAGUGUUUAGUAGAUUAGAAGUACCGAAACCAUAAAGUUAUACAAGGGUUGAAUGCUAGGCGUCUAAGGCUCAAUGCAUUGACAAGUAGAGUGUUGUGGAAAUAGAUGUGUGGUCACACAAGGUUGGACAAAAUUAAAAAAAAAUGCAUAUUAACUAGAGAAUACAAGUUCAGCAUAUGGAGUUCAAAAUGAGAUACGAUCGCACGAAAUGGUUUGUCCAUGUCCGAUGUAGAUAUCUAGUUGCACCAGUCUGUAGUUAGACAUUGUGCUUAUUGAAGGUGUUGAAACAAUACGAGGCCGCCUAAUCACAUACAGGGACAUGUCAAAAGACCUACAAACUAAUGAAAUCUAUAAAGGCUUAGCUUUAAAUAAAACAGAUUGGAAGUGAAGGAUCCAUAUAAGUGUUACCAACUUGUUGGGAUCAAAGCUUUGUUUCUGUAUCAUUUACAUUAGGUUCAGGAAGAAAUAAGUGUGAGAUUUAGAGAACCUCCAGCUUUAGACAGCUGUACUUUAAUUUAAAAAAUACUUACUAUUGGGGGAGGUAAUGGGCCCGAAUGUAGUGGAAUAUAUAGACCGUUCAUAUCGCGAGCCUCAACUAGUUUGAAAUUGAGCAUAGUUGGUUGAGUGCUAGCUUGCUUUAUUAAAGCUUUUGCUGCACUAGGGCCAGCUAGCGCUGGGUUUAAUUCACUGCUUCUCUAUUUAAAUGGGCACAUCUUUAUUGAGUCUUUUCC